AUGACCACUGAAAAAUCAAUCAAUCAAUCAAUCUUCUUCUUUACUCUUUCUUCUCUUACACUCUCUUUUCCUCUUUCUCCUUUACCCUUUCUCUUCUUCUCUUACAUUCUCUUCUCCUCUUUCUUCUGUACUAUUCCUCUUCUCCUUCUCUUAAAUUCUCUUCUCUUUCUUCCUUACUAUUUCUUUUCUUCUCUGACAUUCUCUUUCCUCUUUCUUCUGUACUAUUCCUCUUCUUCUCCUUCUCUUAAAUACUCUUUUCUUUUUUAUCUUUACUCUUCCAUUCUCUUUUCCUCUUGCUUUUUUUACCUUUUUUCUUCUCUUACAUUCUCUACUUCUCUUUCUUCUGUACCAUUCCUCUUCUCCUUCUCUUACAUUCUCUACUUCUCUUUCUUCUGUACCAUUCCUCUUCUCCUUCUCUUACAUUCUCUACUUCUCUUUCUUCUGUACCAUUCCUCUUCUCCUUCUCUUACAUUCUCUACUUCUCUUUCUUCUGUACCAUUCCUCUUCUCCUUCUCUUACAUUCUCUACUUCUCUUUCUUCUGUACCAUUCCUCUUCUCCUUCUCUUACAUUCUCUACUUCUCUUUCUUCUGUACCAUUCCUCUUCUCCUUCUCUUACAUUCUCUACUUCUCUUUCUUCUGUACCAUUCCUCUUCUCUUCUCCUAUUCUCUUUACCAUUCUCUUCUUCUUCCUCUCUCCUUUUCUUACUUCUCUUUCUUCUGUACCAUUCCUCUUCUCCUUCUCUUUAAAUUCUCUUUUUCUUUUUUUAUCUUCUCUUUUCUUCUGUUUUUUACCAUUUUUCUCUUCUUCCUUCUCUUACCAUUCCUCUUUCUCUACUUCUCUUUCUUCUGUACCAUUCCUCUUCUCCUUCUCUUACAUUCUCUACUUCUCUUUCUUCUGUACCAUUCCUCUUCUCCUUUUCUUACAUUCUCUUCUCCUAUUUCUUCUUUACCAUUCCUCUUCUUCUUCUCUCCUUACAUUCUCCUUUCCUCUUUCUUCUGUACUAUUCCUCUUCUCCUUCUCUUACAUUCUCUACUUCUCUUUCUUCUGUACCAUUCCUCUUCUCCUUUUCUCUCUUACAUUCCUCUCUUCUCUUACAUUCUCUACUUUCUUCUUUACCAUUCCUCUUCUUCUUUUCUCUUCUCUUCUCCUAUUUCUUCUUUUCCUCUUUUCUUCUUUUAUUCUUUUCUCUUUUCUCUCUUUCUCUUUUUCUUUUCUCCCCUUUCUUCUGUACCAUUUCUCCUCUUUGUUUCUCAUAUUUUCUUUUUCCUCUUUCUUCUUCCUGCAAAUGAAAUUCUAA